GCCUUUAAUACCAACAUUCCUUGUACCAAAUGCGGCCUAUAUGUUAUUAAGAUGGUCAUAUGCGAUGCAAAGCGUUGAUUUGGAUCGGCCCCUUUUGAAUGAAGAAGAAAGGGAGGGAUUUACUUGAAGCCUUCCGCAAAACCUUCCUCACUCUCCAGAACCCUACUCCCCGCCAGAUAAAGAUGGAUGCAUCAUCAGAGCGUUACUGUUACAACCCCAUAUUGCGUUGGAAUCCUCAGGUGGAAGAUUACUUCAUCAAAGCCUAUGGGUCUCUUCAUUUUGCUCAAAUCUCCAAAGCUUUAACGCGUCCAUCUUGCUACUCUUGUAUUCGAGUGAAUACUCUCAAGACGACAAGUGAUGCUGUCAUUGAGAAACUUCAGGAAAUCAUGAGAAAGUCAGGGUCUGAUAAUGAUGUUGAAGACAUAAAUUUCGAAGAAAUUAAAGCAAAUAAAAGUAUUGAUUUGGAUAUGGCUGAGAAGCAAUCGUGCUUGCAAAAUGGGUCUGUCUCUAAGUGUCAGAUACCAGGCUUAGAAUAUGUUGUAUUUGUCAAGGGUUCUGGACCACAUACAAUUGACUAUGGUUAUGCGCCUGAUAAACCUCCGAAGGAGGUACUUGUUAGUAGGAAAUGUGCUGAAGCAGUUCUUCGAGGUGCUCAGGUAUAUGUUCCUGGUGUAAUGGCCUGCAGUGCUCAUGUUGAGGAAGGGGAUGCAGUUGCAGUUUCAGUUGCUGUGGAGCAGCCUGCUCCUGAUGGUGGAUGGGGACUUGGUAUAACACGUGGGACUGUUCUGCAGGGACUGCAGACAGAUCCUUAUUACUUUGAACGAAAUGGAUUAUACAUUGGUCAAGGAACAACAAUGUUGUCAAGAGCUCGGAUCUUUCGUGCUUCUCUAGGAAUUGCUGUUGAUAUGAAUAAUCAAGUAUUUAAGUUGCCUUCCUUUCAUGAUGUGCUUGAGGGGGAAAUAUUUCUUCAAAACCUGCCAAGCAUUGUCGCUGCUCAUGCUCUUGAUCCUCGGAAAGGUGAGCGAAUACUAGACAUGUGUGCAGCUCCAGGAGGGAAGACAACUGCAAUUGCUAUCCUUAUGAAGGAUGAAGGGGAGGUCAUUGCUGCAGAUAGAUCUCAUAAUAAGGUUAUGGAUAUUCAGAAAUUGGCUGCUGAGAUGGGUUUGACUUGUAUUACAACUUACAAACUAGAUGCUCUCAAAGCUGUUUGUAAAAGAAAUGGGUCAAGUGACAUGACCACUUUGUGCGGUAACAAGGAUAACAAUGAUGUAGUGAUUCAAAGUUCUGACUUGAGGCCUCUUGAGAAUGGGGGUUCAUCUACUACCACUGUAGGAUUGAAUGCUGAUACAAAUUGCAAGGAGAAUGUUAGCAAUGAAAAAGCGAAUGAGAGAACUUACAUUAGCAAAGCUGACAUCAGGAAGAACAUGCGAAGAAUGAGGAAUGGUCCUGGGAGAAAUCAAAGCCUAGGUGGUAGGGUUGAGAAUUCAAAAGGCUUCCUUCCUAACAGCUUUGAUCGGGUUCUUCUUGAUGCUCCUUGUUCGGCUCUUGGUUUGAGACCUAGACUUUUUGCUGGAGAGGAAACGAUAGAGACGUUAAGAAAUCAUGGGAAAUAUCAAAGGAGAAUGUUUGAUCAGGCUGUUCAGUUAGUACGCCCUGGUGGGGUCCUUGUGUACUCAACAUGUACAAUUAAUCCUGGUGAGAAUGAAGCAUUGGUCAGAUAUGCGUUGGAUACGUAUAAGUUCCUCUCUUUAGCACCACAGCACCCAAGAAUUGGAGGACCUGGUCUUGUUGGUAGUUGCCAAUUUCCAGAUGGAUAUAUUGAAGAGUGGCUAAGACCUGGAGAGGAGGAGUUGGUUCAGAGGUUUGAUCCCUCGUCUCCACUUGAUACAAUAGGGUUCUUCAUAGCCAAGUUUGUUGUAGGCCCCAAAGAAACCUGACUUGCCAGUUUGCAACUUGGAGCUUAGGUGUAAGACCAUUGAACGAAUUAUAGUGUUCUGUGGCUUUUAUUUUAUUGGUGUUGUAGUAUUCUUCUGUGCAGAGAGCAAUUUGCUGUCGAGAGAUGAAGAAAAGCAUGGUCCGAGCACUCUGUUUACCAAAUUAGAUAUGUGGUUCAAAUUAUUGUAUCAGUUCUGUUUGCUGUGUAGAAAUGAUGGGAUGAAUUUAUUUUUCAUGAAGCAAACUAUCAAAAUCCAGGGAAUUUCCUGUUUUGACUCAAGCACAAGGAAAGAGGUUUAUUGACAA